AUUUCACUAAAAGGAUAGUUGGUGCAAAUGUAUGCGUUAUAACCAAGUGGUCAUUCUUUGUUUUUUAACUUAGUUUUAAUAAGAGACAUAAAAGUUAUUUUUUCUUCAUCUUCAUAAAUGUUUAUAACCCUAAUAACGGUGGCUAUUGUUGUGAAUUAGUAGUUCAGAUGUAUCUGUAUAAAAUGUAUGUUUAUGUUUGGUGUAACAACGAGAGAGUAAGAAAGAAGAGCUUUGAUUAAUAGUAUCAACUUUCGCAUAUGCAAAAGAAAUAUGAACAAAGGAGAGAGAGAUGUAAUCUUAAUUAAUGCCAUGGAGGAUGUGGUUGGUUGGUACAGCACUUGCUUUACAUUUCAAGGGAACGAUUUGGAUCUUCAUGCUAUGUUCCGAGGCUAUGUUGGCAAUCCAGUGCUGGUCCUUGUUGACGUCCAGUCUAAAGAAGUUGGAAUUCCCACCAUGGCUUACUGUGCAUUGGAGGACGAUGUCAAUGAUAUUGCUAAGGAACCCUUCAUCCAUGUCUCUACAGAAAUUGCUCCCCCUACCUCAACUACUACUAGUACCCUCGUGUCUGAGAUGCCUGACCGCGGUGGUGGCUUGGUGGAUUUCAUCGAAUGUCAUUACUCGUUUGUCAAAAACAAGGUUCAGAUUAGCGUUGAGGGAUAUGACCUUUCCCUUUAACCUUAUGAUCUCGACAGAUCACUGGUGGAACACUUUGGAUCCUGUGGAGUACGUUAAAGUGCCCAGACAUCCUUUAACCAAUGCAAUUAACCACAGAUGUACUGUUGUUACACUCCGUGGAGAAGGUGCAGCAGAAAAGGCUCUGGCACUCAAUGGCACUAACGUGGGAGGAUUGGGAGGCUGGAGAGUAACUGUCAAGCUUUUACCUCCAACGAUGAAGGAGCUGCUUUCCGGGAAGAGUCCUCGCCAAUUGGCUCUUUGAGUACGUCGCCCGCAACCCACUAAAUUUUAUAUGUUCAUGUUUUUUUCUUUUCUGUCUCUGACAUUGUGUGUGUUCUUUAACAACCAUAAUUAAAUCGCCUAAGCUAUGACUACUAAUUUAUUAGGGCUGU